AUGGACGAGCCAGAAGUCAGUGCAGAUUGUCGUUGCUCACUGCAGUCGGGAAGCGUGGAGACUUACUUGGACCCGGUGCCAAAGGGAAGAGAGGAAAACUGUGGACGAUGUGCGAAGAAAGGUGAUGGGGGUGACAAAACACGUGGAGAGGGGUCAUCUGAAAAGCCACCGUACUCGUAUGUGGCUCUCAUCGCAAUGGCCAUAAAGGAAAGCCAGGAAAAGAAACUGACGCUGAGCGGAAUCUAUCAGUUUAUUAUUUCUAAGUUUCCUUACUACGAAAAAAACAAGAAAGGAUGGCAAAACAGUAUCCGACAUAACCUAAGCCUAAACGAAUGUUUCGUUAAAGUCCCCAGGGAGGGUGGAGGAGAAAGGAAGGGAAACUUCUGGAUGCUGGACCCUGUGUACGAGGAAAUGUUUGAUAAGGGCAACUAUAGACGUCGAAGACGUGUCAAAAGACCCUAUCGGUCACCUGCUUUGCCGUGCUUGUCAGGACCAUCAUGUUUAAAUUACUCUGAGCCAUACCAUCUUCAGCAGGAACAUGUGUACUGGCAAACACCAUUUGUCAGUGGUUCUUGGACGUUUCCCCAAUCUCCAAACUCAGCACCAUACAACUUCCAGCAUUUACAAGCUACGAGCAGCAACGCAUGCCCACUUUCUCCAAAUGGACCUGUAAAUUACUAUCAUGGUCAUCACCAGCUUCACUCUUCUUAUGGAACAUACCACCGAGUCCCUCAUGCCCUGGUACCCUAUAGUGGAGGCUCCUACAGUGGUUUGUCAUCUCCGGUGAGCACAAGUGGGAGUUCCAUUUCGAGCAACUAUUCGCCAUACCAGUAG